CCUGACCACCACCCGCUGCUCGUGCCUCGACGCACCCAGCGCACCUCAAGCACCUCAGGCACUCGCACAGACUAGAGCAGGGCAGAGUGGACCGAGGCACGGCCACAGCGUUGCAGCGACGAACAGGCAGCCUCUCGCCGACCCGCGACGCCCAGCGCCAUGGCGCCCGCUCCCGCAGCGUCCAGCACGCUGGCACCGCCCUCGUCCGACUCGUCAGCGGCCGGCUCAGCCGCUGCCUCGGCCAGCUCGUCGCCGCUGAGCAGCCUGCUCAAGCUGCCCGCCUGGGGGCCCUCCAGCCGCGCCGCAUCGCCCGGCACGCGCGCCGCCGCCGAGCUGCCGCACAGCCGCUACAUUCCCGAGAGCGAGCGUGGCUGGCACGGCACAGCCUCCAGCGCCGCUUCGGGCGCCAGCAAUGGCGGCAGCACCGCGUCGCGCGAGCGUCGGCGCUCCAGCAUGGCCCUCUCGCGCCUGCCCUUCUUUGGCGAGCGCAAGACGUCAGGCAGCACCGUCAGCGAGAGCGACGACGACGACGCAGACGACACCGGCCUCGCGCCCGUCGUGCCUGCCGUCGGUCUCGGGCGCGCCGUCAACGGCAAAGGCUCGCUGCGCAGCCGCACGCGCUCCGUGCCCGCCACGCCCCUCUGGGAAGUGCUGGCCGAUCCGAUGGCCGCCGCCUCGGCUGUCGACGACACCGGCUCGAUUAGCGAGCAGGAGACUGCAGUGGAGGAAGAGCCGGCCGAGCCGGUGUAUCGACGACGUCGGCGACGCCGCUCGCUGCAGGAGUCCUCGCAGUCGACGGUCAUGUACGACGACACGUCGACUCUGCGCGGCGGCAGCUCUGACGAGGCUCGGCCUACACAGCACCUCGAGCGCGCCGACACGGCGUCCUCUUCCGUGCUCAUCUCCGAGCCGCCGGCAGUGCGUGAUCCGCGCGGCUAUCCGUGGCGCCACGAGCCGGCGCUGCUUGCCGAGAGCGCCACUGCGCCCGGACAGGCGACAUACGUGCCGACUGGCCAUCGCAACGCCACGGGCCAGCAGGCCAUCUACGACACGCACUUUGGCGCCUCGUCGGGCUGGCGCAGUCUCAGCGAACUUGCUGGGCCCGUGCUGCAUCCAUGGCACACUCUGACGGGCAGACGGCGCUCGUCGAAGACCGAUGAGCGCGAGCAGGAGAGCGCGGCAAAGAGCAGAGGGCUGCUCGGCACGGGCACGGACAAGCUGCGCGACAUGCUUGGCGGCUGGCCCAGUCUGUCGUCGCUCAGUGUCUUUGGGCCGUCGUCGAUGGCCAGCGAGGGCGACGAAAUGUCGCCUGCGGGCAGCAGCAGUCAGAAGAGCGGCAAAGGCGCCCCGGGCGUGCCGUACGAGCCGGAGCUGAUGCCCGUCGUCAAGCGCGACUCGCGCGCCAAGCGCUACUUUGACGCCGUGGAGGGCAACGUGCUCUGCAUGGGCGGCUAUCGCGGCAGCAUUCUGCGCGAUGCAGAGACGAAGCAGAUGCUGUGGAUCCCCAUCAAGGUUGGCGUGGGCCUGCGGCGGCCGACACUCGAGCUGGGCCUCAGUCAGCAAGCCGAAGACCGCGCCGAGGAGCUCGUGGUGGCCGGCGAGAUGCUGCCCGGCAUGGGACGGCUGAUCGACAUGGGAGGCCGACUGCGCGCCACGCUGGCGGCGGGGAAGCGACGCCCGCAGGUGCACUCGUGGGGCUUCGACUGGCGCCUGAGCGUCACGAGAUCAAGUCGACUGCUGGAGCAGAAGCUGCAGCGCCUGUGGGAGGAGAGUGGUCCGGAGGGCAAGCGACGCGGCACCGUCGUUGUGGCGCACUCUAUGGGCGGUCUAGUCGCGCUGCACGCGCUCAGCAGGACGAAGAACCCGCGCAUCUUCCAGUCCCUCAUCUUUGCCUCUACGCCGUUUGCGGGCACGGCCAACAUCCUGGGGCCGUUCCGCUAUGGCGAUGCAGCGCUGCUCAAUGACUCUGUCUGCUCUCCACGCGCCACAUUCUCCUUCCGCUCCUCGUUCGCCCUGCUGCCCAAGGACGGGCGCUGCUUCGAGGACGAGCAAGGACGCUGCUACGACCUCGACUUUUUCGAUGCGCGCGUCUGGGACGACUUGGGCCUCUCGCCCUGCGUCGAGGCGGGACGCAUGAAGGAGUGGCAGGCUCGGCGAGCGCGCGAAGAGCGGCGCGACUCGGUUGCUUCCGCCAGCAGCAGCACGGAGCGGACGAACGACGAGGACAAUGGCCGCAGCAUGCUCAGCAGCGAAGCAACGCUCGACGGCGGACGCGCCGCUCGUGCCAGUCGAGGAAACACAGGCGCCGGCUUGGGCAGUGACCUUCAGCUCAAGAGUCCGACGAGUUCCGGCGCAGCGGAUACGGCGGCACAUGCCGUCGAUGCGGCGGCUGGCGCGGGACAAGCGCUCGGGCAGGAGACACCGGGCCAGGACUCGUCCAUCAUGCCCGCCAACCGGCAGGACGACGAGCAGGCGCAGAAUGACAAGGCAGAGGAGCUCGACACGCAUCUGCCGUCGCUGGCGUCUAACGAUGAGGUAUGGGACUAUCUGGCGCGAACGCUCAACGAGACCCGCCGCAUGCACGAGGAUCUGGCGAGUGGCCCGGACCCUGAUCUGCUCGCACAGGGCGCCUAUCCGCCCCUGGCCAUCAUGAGCAGUGGACGCACGCCCACGACGCGCGGCGCACUCAUCCGUGCGCGCCGCGAGGGCGCAGACGCCAGUGCCGACGGCUGGAAGGAGGAUGUGCGGGCGGGCGACUACUCGCGCAUGCUCUGGGAGGCGGGCGACGGCGUCAUCAGUCUGCGCAGCAGCACGGCGCUGCCCGAUGCAUGGCGCCCGCUGCUGGUGAGGGGCGAGGGCGAGCAUGGCGAACAUGUCACGGGACAUCGGCACGUCACGCUCCUCUCGGACGUGCCCGGCAUCGGCAGAUGCGUCGAGGCGUGCCGGCUCGCGCGCGAGGAGCGAGAGCAAGGCAGCGGCAGCAGCAGUAGCCUGGGCCUGUACUGAUGCGAGAUGUAGAGCGGACGGCAAUGCUUAUACCUGCGGCGGACU